GGAGGCUCCAAGGAGGGGGGGCUCAAGCGAAAAAACGCCGGGAAGGGCGUCAGGCCUCCGGAAGGAAAAAAAUUGAAGGGGGACGUUGAGCCGAAGGAUACCCCCGUGGUGAUCAUUGAUGACCCCCCAGCCGGCCAAUCGUCUGCCACUGCUCCCCCGGAGGAUCUUGUCGAGGGUGCCUGGCCCCUUGAAACAGUACACUUCCCCAUCAAGAAGGGGACAGCCAUCAUGCAUGGCACCCUCGACCCGAGGGAAUUCUUGAGGGGUGCCACCCCUUCGGUGGAUAGGUCCACCCUUAGCCGGUUCGGGGACGAAGCCCUCGAGCUCAAGGCCCUCCAGGCCUCGGCCACUGCUAGCUUGGCCUUCGGGGAACUUGUCCGCAGGGCGGAACAGCACCGCCUCGAGAAGGCGAAGUCUGACGAGGUGACGAGGAAGCUCAUUGCCAAUAACACUGAGGCCAUCAGGCAGCUCGCUAUGUUGGAGGAGGCCCUUCGGCAGGCCGAGCAGAAGCUGGAGGGGGCCAAGAGUGAGGCGAGGGCCGAGGGCAUCGCCCAGGGGAAGGCUGAGGCAGAGAGGGCUGCCGCUGAGGCCGCCAUAGCAGCCGCCGAGGAAGCCGAAAGGGCCAAGGCCGAAGCCGUUGCUAAAGCUGCCGAGGAUGCCGUUGCCUCUUAUGUUGCCGAGGGGUGGAGGUCUGAAGAGCAAAAACCGUGGCUGGCUUCGGUCGUGGAGACUUCGGUGGAUGAUUGGGUCAAAGGCCCCGGGGCCAUGUGGCUUGCUCUGAAGGGGAAGAGUUUCUAUGAGGGGGGCCAGUAUUUCACGCAAGCCAUGCUCUACCGGAAGCUGGCUCGGCAUUUUGGGGUGGACCCCAAGGACUUUGAUCCCACGCCUUACGGCCUUCCCCCCCUGCUCCAAGACGUCAGGAUUCCCCUUCCAGAAGGCGAAGAGAGGCAGCUUCUGGAGGACUCGGAGCUGGAUAGGCUGGCCUCGGAUGAUGAAGGAGAAGCUGAGGAUGACGCCUCCUCCAAACCGAAGGGAGAUACAACAAAAGAUGUUGCAGCUUGAAGUUUUACCAAGUGUAAUGUUGUAAUAGUCUGUAGUCCCCGGCCUCGGCCAUACUUUGUGAUGAAACAUGAUUGUAUUUUAAAUAUUUUUCUUGGAUGAAUGAAUGAUCGCCUUCGGGCUCUUGUUGAUUGAAUGCCUCCGUCUUUGCAA